AUGAUAAUGAAAUGCAUCAACAUAUUGCCUGACUUACCACUGGCGGCCGGCCCGGGGGAGUGCAGCGGGACAAACUUGCUGCACAGCUCUAAAGUACCGCAGGGGUGGGGGAAACCUCGCAAUGCAGUGGAAUCAGCAGACAGGAAUGACAUGGUAGCUGAGUAUUUAGUACACCGAAAUCCAGGAAUCAUGGACGAACAAGUCAUCAUGCCCAGGACCGUUCUCCAGGAUUAUCUGGGAUCACAGCAUAACAUGCCGCGAGAACAAAGCCAACCAUGUUUGAUGGCUCUGUCAUCCCACGGCUCCGUGCGGGACGAUCGGCGGUCCCGCAGCCCAAUCCAACAAGAAGAGCAAGACAUAAUGGGAGGAAUCCUGGGCGGAUCCCUGCCUGGCCGUGGGCACCGGCCGUUACGUGUCAUGACUUUCUUGGGUAAAGUCGCCGUUAGCGAGUCUUGGAUGACUUUCGGCUUUGACCGGAGAUUUCAAGGAUGGCUGGUCCGUGGUGUCAAAGGCAGAGUUCUUUGUGACGGGUUGGUUCUGUGCCAGCACGAAAGCUUCCAGAAUGCCACACACGGGGACCUCAUUUCUGGAAGGCCUUGUUGCUGGUGCCGGUCGGGUUUCAUCUGUGACGGGAGCUCGUCUAGAGGUUUCCUCCGAACCCAGCCUGACACUACUGCUGCUGCUGCUGCUGCUCGUUCUCCUGCUCCUCAUUGA